AUGAAAGGCGAGCCUGUGGAGGCACAGGCAUGGGCAACAAGAUGCGGUACCGUCGCCACAAAUACCUUUGCCCGUUUGGGGGCUGUCGACGCCCCGGGAAGAGAACAGAACCGAGAGGAAGAAAGAGACAAAUUAUCGGAUAUGACCGCGGUGGAUCAAGAGGGAGCGGACUACGGGGGAGUGAGCCACGAGGGAUUGGGGCACAAGGGGGUGCACACCCCGUGGCAGGGUCACGAGCAGUAUUCUGCCCGGCCCGAGCGGUCCGUCACGGGUGCAGUUCCCACUGCCAGAUCCCCGCUGGAUGAGAUUGCGAGUGCUCUAGGUAUGCGAGACGCGGAGCCGGGGUUGCUGGAGGCGAUCUUGCCGUCGGAAGCAACUAGUGUGGGUUGGCAAGAGGGGGACCAAUUGGGGGUGCGUUUUCUGCCGAAGUCCGCACCUACCGCGGGCUCUUCCGUCCCGUGCCCGUCGACGCCGAGUCUCCAUGUCGCCGGCACAAGCGCGUGCGAUGAACAGGGCAUCGCGUGCGUCGCACACGUGUGCGGCGAUGGGUAUGGCUUCGAUUUCUUGGCUGCGGGCGGCCGGACAGGACGGAACGGACGGCAGGUGAGUUUGGCGGACUACGUAAACAUGAGGGAACAGUUGGUGGAGCAGGUCGUGGCCCUACAGACGGAAGUUGCGGAGAAAAACCAGCUCAUCUUCCUUGAACGGCAGAAGCGGGCGACUGCGCUAACAGACGCGUACCGCAAGUACCGCUGCCAGAAAGAUCGGACGACGCAAGAUAUUGAGGCCUUGCGCAUGAAGCUCGAAGGCGCUGAACGCGAACGCAGUGGAAUACUAACUGAGCUGGAAAGGGCCAGACA